GAGUCGUUUGGUGCGCUUUCUUUUCUUGAUUCUCAAAGCGACGACGCCAUUUCGCACACGGCUUCACUUCUCAGCUCAACGUUUGUUCCUGGAAUUAAACUUCUGCUUUGUCUCCUACAGGCAGAUCUCUAACUGGGGGUUUCUCACAUGAUGUACAUACUGGUGUAAAACUAUUAAGAUGACAUCUCCUCAUAAUAUUGAGUUGGAGGCAGCUAAGUUUCUGCACAAGCUCAUUCAAGAUUCCAAAGAUGAACCUGCCAAGCUAGCAACAAAACUUUAUGUGAUACUGCAGCACAUGAAAACCAGCGGAAAGGAACACUCAAUGCCGUAUCAAGUCAUAUCGAGGGCCAUGGAGACCGUCGUCAAUCAACAUGGUCUUGACAUUGAAGCUUUGAAGUCAUCUCGUCUUCCUCACGCUGGUGGUACCCAAAUGGAAGAUUCUGGGUCUGCACAUUUGGCUGGGUCUUCCCAAGUCGUUGGAGUUAGCAAUGAGUCCAAAGCGAGUCUAGUUGAGAAUGAGAUGUCGAAAUAUGAUGCAUUCACUUCUGGUAGGCAGCUUGGUGGAUCAAUCAGUGCAUCACAAGCCGUUUACCAAGGGUCUGGAACUCGAAGUAAUAGAUCCUUUGAUCAUGAGAGUCCAUCCAGCUUGGAUUCUAAGUCGGGGAAUUCUCAAUCUCAAGAUAGAAGUGAGACAAUGAAUCAAAGAGAUGUUAAGUCAAGUGCAAAGAGAAAGAGGGGUGAAUCAUCAUUUUCGUGGGAGCAAAAUAUGGAUAAUUCUCAAAUAUUUGAUACUCAUGGGACAGUUGAUGAUCAGACUAGAAAAGUGAGCAAAGUGGAAAUGCCUGGUAAUUCAGGUGAUAUUGAGAAUUUGCAAGUCGGGUUGUCAUCAGAUGCAUACACGACUCCUCAGAGUGGCUGGCAAAACAGUGAAGUCACAGCAAUCAGGCCUCCAGCUCACAGAGAUACUGGAAAAUCUGUCUCAGCAGAGGAUUUAAUGCCUUCAGGACCACUUUUUAAAGAGCAACAAUUGAAGCAGCUCAGAGCCCAGUGCCUUGUGUUCUUAGCUCUCAGAAAUGGUUUGAUGCCAAAAAAACUGCACAUCGAUAUAGCCCUUGGAAAUGUUUUCCCCAAAGAUGAUGGUUUCCGCCGAGAAAUGUUUGAUCAGAAAGGAAGAACACAUUCUCUUAGUGAAUCGGGUAGCAUUCACGAAGUCUCAGCUCCAUCAGCAAGAACGGAUAAUCCCACUGGAAGAUUGACUGAAAUGGAAUUCUCGGCAAAAGAAACAGAGAUGCCACGAUUAGAGGACAAAAUCUCAAAUGCUGUAUUUUCUGAUGGACAAAAGCUUGUUCUGGCAUCUAAAAUUCCAGAUUCUCAGGCGCAAAAUCAGGUUUCUGGUAGUCAUUCUGAGCUGGCUUCUUCUUCGGGUAGUCUUGCGAAACACGCUCCUUCAGAGAUGGUGGGAUGGGCCGGAAUUAUUAACCGUCAUGACAAUUCAAGUUCUGCUUUUCUACUCGACGAAUCAUAUGCUCCAGAUCAAGAGGAAGGUAAUAUGCAACCGUCGCCUAAGUACACCAUGUCACAGAAGUGGAUUAUGGAUCGACAGAAUAAGAGACUUUUGGUUGAUCGGAGUUGGAGUCUUAAACAGCAGAAAGCAGACCAGGCAAUUGGUGCACGGUUCAAUGAGUUGAAGGAAUCGGUUAGUUCGUCGGAGGAUAUAUCUACAAAGACCAAGAGUGUUAUAGAACUGAAAAAGCUUCAGCUGUUGAAUCUUCAACGGCGAUUGAGGAGCAGUGAGUUUCUGUACAACUUCUUCAAACCCAUUGCAACUGAUGUUGAGAAUCUAAAGUCAUAUAAGAAACAUAAGCAUGGCCGGAGAAUUAAGCAGCUUGAGAAGUAUGAGCAGAAGAUGAAGGAAGAGCGACAAAGGAGAAUUCGUGAGAGGCAGAAAGAGUUCUUUGGGGAGAUAGAAGUUCACAAGGAAAGGCUAGAGGAUUUAUUCAAAGCUAGGAGAGAAAGGUGGAAGGGUUUCAAUAGAUACGUAAAGGAGUUUCACAAGAGAAAGGAACGCUUUCAUCGCGAAAAGAUUGACAAAAUUCAACGGGAGAAGAUUAAUUUGUUAAAGAUUAAUGAUGUCGAGGGUUAUCUACGUAUGGUGCAGGAUGCCAAGUCAGAUCGAGUAAAGCAACUACUCAAAGAGACAGAAAAGUACCUUCAAAAACUUGGAUCCAAGUUAAAGGAGGCAAAAUCGUUGACCAGUCGAUUUGAGAAUGAGGCAGAUGAGACGGUCGCUGUUGAGGAUGAAACUUCGGUUGAAAAUGAAGAUGAGAGUGACCAGGCAAAGCACUACUUGGAAAGCAAUGAAAAAUACUACUUGAUGGCUCACAGUAUAAAAGAAAAUAUUAACGAGCAGCCAGCUACUUUAAAAGGUGGAAGACUAAGAGAGUACCAAAUGAAUGGCCUAAGGUGGCUUCUUUCCCUGUACAACAAUCAUUUGAAUGGCAUUUUAGCUGAUGAAAUGGGUCUCGGGAAAACUGUUCAGGUUAUUUCGUUGAUUUGCUAUCUGAUGGAGACAAAAAAUGAUAGAGGGCCCUUUUUGGUUGUUGUACCAUCCUCUGUGCUGCCCGGCUGGGUGUCAGAAAUUAACUUCUGGGCUCCGGCAAUUCAGAAAAUUGUUUAUUGUGGCCCUCCGGAGGAGAGGCGCAAGCUAUUCAAAGAGCAGAUUGUUCAUCAGAAGUUCAAUGUCCUUCUGACAACAUAUGAAUACCUAAUGAACAAGCACGAUAGGCCUAAAUUAAGCAAGAUCCUUUGGCAUUACAUUAUUAUUGAUGAAGGACAUCGCAUAAAGAAUGCAUCUUGCAAGUUAAAUGCGGACCUGAAACACUACAAUAGCUCCCACCGACUCCUGUUAACUGGGACGCCAUUGCAGAACAACCUGGAAGAAUUGUGGGCUCUGCUAAAUUUCCUGUUGCCUAAUAUAUUCAACUCGUCAGAAGACUUUUCACAGUGGUUCAACAAACCAUUUCAAAGUAAUGGAGAUAAUUCUGCUGAAGAGGCGUUGCUAUCGGAAGAGGAGAAUUUACUGAUCAUCAAUCGUCUUCACCAAGUUCUUCGACCAUUCGUGUUGCGGCGUCUGAAACAUAAGGUUGAGAAUGAACUUCCUGAAAAGAUAGAGAGACUCAUACGGUGUGAGGCUUCGGCAUAUCAGAAACUGUUGAUGAAAAGAGUUGAGGAUAAUCUAGGCUCUCUUGGAAACGUGAAGUCUCGUGCAGUGCACAACUCAGUGAUGGAGCUUCGGAAUAUUUGCAAUCAUCCAUAUCUCAGCCAACUUCAUACAGAAGAGGUCAAUAGCUUAAUUCCUGAGCAUUAUCUGCCUCCAGUAAUCAGACUCUGUGGGAAGCUUGAGAUGUUGGAUCGGCUCUUGCCCAAACUCAAAGCAACAGACCAUCGGGUUCUCUUCUUUUCAACAAUGACUAGGCUUCUUGAUGUUAUGGAGGAUUAUCUCACCUUCAAGGGAUACAAAUACCUUAGGUUAGAUGGGCACACAUCUGGGGGUGAUCGCGGCGCUCUUAUCGAUGGUUUCAACAAGUCUGAUUCACCAUAUUUCAUAUUUUUGUUGAGUAUACGGGCUGGUGGAGUAGGAGUUAAUCUGCAAGCUGCUGAUACUGUAAUAAUAUUUGACACCGACUGGAAUCCUCAGGUUGAUCUGCAAGCUCAAGCAAGGGCUCACAGGAUUGGCCAGAAAAGAGAUGUUCUAGUUCUUCGUUUUGAAACGGUCAAUACUGUUGAGGAACAAGUUAGAGCUUCAGCGGAACAUAAACUUGGAGUUGCUAACCAGAGUAUAACUGCUGGCUUCUUCGACAAUAACACUAGCGCUGAAGAUCGUAAGGAAUAUUUAGAGUCCUUAUUGCGUGAGUCAAAGAAAGAAGAGGCUGCUCCAGUGUUGGACGAUGAUGCCUUGAAUGAUCUUAUAGCACGAAGGGAGUCAGAGAUCGAUAUCUUUGAAUCUAUCGACAAACAAAGAAAAGAGGAUGAGAUGGAAACAUGGAAGAGCUUGGUACAGGGGCCAGGGUCAAAAAGUGUUGCACCUAUACCACCUAUCCCCUCUCGUCUUGUUACUGAGGAUGACUUAAAGCUGCUAUAUGAAGCAAUGAAAAUAAAUAAUGUCCCGAUGGUUGCAGUAGAAUCAAAUGUUGGCAUGAAACGGAAGGGUGGUUCGGUAGGAGGCUUUGAUACUCAGCAAUAUGGAAGAGGCAAACGAGCAAGAGAGGUUCGAUCUUAUGAAGAGCAACUGACAGAAGAGGAGUUUGAAAAGCUGUGUCAGACCGAGUCAACCGAUUCUCCCAGAGACAAGGAAGAAGGGAAUGAGAAGAGCUUGGCAAAUGACACAUCAAGUAUUCUGGGUGGAAACACUGGUGAAAAGAGCUUGACAAAUGCUACACCAAAUACUGUGGCUGGGAACAGUGGUGAAAAGCGCUCGGAAAAUGAUAAAGUAGAUAUUCUGGCUGGAAACACUGGAGACACUACGCUCCCCACAUCUCUGGCAUCGGCACUGACUUCACAGCUCGUUGAACCUCUACAGAAAUUACAGCAGCCACUGAAAGAAGUAACAGAACCUGUAAAACGGGGCCGUGGUAGGCCCAAAAGAGCCGAUAAAACGUUGAAUCAUUUAGCUGUAUCAGUUCCAGGCAGGACACAUGCAACAGGGGAGGCUAGAUCAUUGGCAAUUAUUGGUUCUGAUGUUGCUAUCCCUAGAGGAAAGGAUGAAACAUCUAGUUCGGCUCGCCCUCUUACUUCACCAAAUAUAUCAGUUCCUCCUGGUUUUCAACCACUUCCAGACUCCAACUCUACUCCAAUGCCAACGAGGGGUCGGGGCAGGGGAAGAGGCAGGGGACGUGGCGCAGGAAGGGGAAGGAGAGUGGAAAGUAUGUUGCAUGGUACUGAAAGUUCCUUAAGUACUCAGAGAAGUAAUGCCCUUGCAUCUCCUUCUGGUGAUCCCGUAGCGUCAAAUUUAGUAACUGUUCCCGUCUCUUCGGCUGAAAUUAAAGCGAAAGUCCCUAAACUUAUCGAAGGAAGUACUUCUGAUUCUACUGCUGUGCAGCCCUCUCCUGCUGUCUCCCUAGAGGCGAGUAGUCUACAGUGCAUUAAAAACCAACCAGAUGUAGCAGCAGAUCUAGAUGCACCGCCUGGUUUUGGUUCUGGAUCACAUGUUCAGUCGCUAAAUAUAUCGGAGGAUUCCUUGGGAAAAAAUUCAGAUGUGGUAAAGAACAAGCCUGCUAUUCCAGAAAUGAGAAAUAACCAGGGUUCAGGAGUUCUGAAACAAUUAGUUAACGUAGCAAGCUCUACUGCUUUAGGUCAUCCGCCAGGGCAAAAUCAGAGAGCUGUCACUUCUGUUUCUGAUGGAUCUCAAAGUACUUCAGUAGCCUCCGUUGAGCAUGAAAGAAAUAAAUAUCCGGAGGGUCGAACUUAUACAGCUUCUGCUACCUUGACAAAUGCACCUUUAGAUGCUUGUCGGCCAUUGAGUCCACAUCUUGUUUCUUCUACGGUUGAAGCACAAGACGCCAGUGUUCUUUCUCCUCCUGCAACCUUGCCUGUUAAGAGGCAAGGUCGGAAGAUGCCAAACAGAGGAGAAACUCCUAGACGCCGAGGAAGGAGACAUGUUCAAGCUGUACCUGCUACUGAUGGCUCUUCUGCACGGAGUACAAGAUCAACACCUCAAAUUGAGGUCAAGGUUGGUGAUUCAUCAGGCUCCAAAACUACAUCAGUGGGAAAUAAGUGUGAUAUUGUUGCCCAAGAACAACCCCAUUUCAGCCAGUCAGUUGCACACUCUUUUGCCACUACAAGUCAGGAAAAAAGAAAAGAAACAUCAGGUAUUGUUGGCUCUGGAAGGAAACAAACUACUGAUGUGACUGAUGUUGCUCGCGUCAUGAAAGAGAUAUUUUCAGAGACUCUGGUAAAACAUAAAGUUGGGGAGCCUUCUGAAACAGCAGGAACAAAUGAGCCUGAUGGGAAAUCCCCGGAAAAGAUGAACAUGCACAUAGUUAAUACCAGCAGGGCAAUGAAUAUAAUCCAACCUGCCGAUCAAAACUUGGGAGUAGAAACAUUUGUUUCCAAAUUUUCAGCCGAAAAGCAGAAGUCUGGGUCUUCAGUGAUGAUUGAUGAGACUAACAAAACUUCACCUGACAUUGAGGCUGCUGUUUCUCAGUCUCAUGAAAUAACACCUCAAGGUAAUAUGCUCAUUGACUCAAAAAUUUCUGUGGGUGGAGAGUUGGUUGAGACGAAACUGAAAGUAGCGACAUCAACAGAUCCAAACUUGGGAAUACCAGCAUCUGUUUCCAAUGUUUCAGAAGAAACUAAAAUUUCUGGUUCUUCUUUGAUGUUACAUGAUAUUGUAAAACCUUCACCGGGAUUUAAGGCUCCUGUUGAUCAGUCUGAUGAUACUUCAGCUCAAGGCACUGUCUCCAUUGAUUCAGAAAACCUUGUGGACAAGGAUUUGCUUGAGAUAAACAAAGAAAGUCAACCACAAGAGUCUCAUGAUGAUGGUUCUGGGCAAAGAUUACCAGCUCCUAACGCUGAUUUGGCUGAGGCUUCUAACAAACAGACAGGGGCAUCGAUAUCACCUUCGAUUUCUCCUGGAGCCAUGACGAUGACUGAAAAUAUGGUUGGACUGAGAUCAAAGGAUUCCUUGGAAAGUGUUCCAGUUUUUCCUGUUAAAGUUGUUGAAGAUUCGAAAAUGCCUUCAGCAUCCAAUGAACAGGGUUCUCCAAAGAAAACUGCUUCACCUGAAAUCCGUAGAUCUAGCGGUGUUGAUUUGGAUUCUCGCAUUACUCCUGUUGAUCAGAUUGAUGAUACUUCAGCUCAAGGCACUGUCGCCAUUGAUUCGGAAACCCUUGUGGAGAAGGAUUUGCUUGAGAUAAACAAAGAAAGUCGACCACUAAAGUCUCAGGAUGAUGGUUCUGGGCAAAUGUUACCAGCUCCUACCGCUGAUUUCGCUGAGGCUUCUAACAAACAGGAAGGGGCAUCGAUAUCACCUUCGGUUUCUCCUGGAGCCAUGACGAUGACUGAAAAUAUUGUUGGACUGAGAUCAAAGGAUUCUUUGGAAACUGUUCCAAUUUUUCCUGUUAAUGUUGUUGAAGAUUCCGAAAUGCCUUCAGCAUCCAAUGAACAGAGUUCUCCAAAGAAAACUGAGUCACCUGAAAUCCAUAGAUCUAGCGGUGUUGAUUUGGAUUGUCGCCUUACUCCUGUUGAUCAGCCUGAUGAUACUUCAGGUCAAGGCACUAUCCCCAUUGAUUCGGAAAACCUUGUGGAGAAGGAUUUACUUGAGAUAAAUAAAGAAAGUCGACCACUAGAGUCUGAGGAUGCUGGUCCUAACGCUGAUAUCGCUGAGGCUUCUAACAAACAGGCAGGGGCAUCGAUAUCACCUUCGGUUUCUCCUGGAGCAAGGACGAUGAUUGAAAAUAUGGUUGGACUGAGAUCAAACGAUUCCUUGGAAUCUGUUCCAGUUUUUCCUGCUAAUGUUGUUGAAGAUUCCAAAAUGCAUUCAGUAUCCAAUGAACAAGGUUCUCCAAAGAAAACUGAGUCACCUGAAAUCCAUAGAUCUAGCGGUGUUGAUUUGGAUUGUCGCAUUACUCCUGUUGAUCAGUCUGAUGAUACUUCAGCUCAAGGCACUGUCGCCAUUGAUUCGGAAACCCUUGUGGAGAAGGAUUUGCUUGAGAUAAACAAAGAAAGUCGACCACUAAAGUCUCAGGAUGAUGGUUCUGGGCAAAUGUUACCAGCUCCUACCGCUGAUUUCGCUGAGGCUUCUAACAAACAGGAAGGGGCAUCGAUAUCACCUUCGGUUUCUCCUGGAGCCAUGACGAUGACUGAAAAUAUUGUUGGACUGAGAUCAAAGGAUUCUUUGAAAACUGUUCCAAUUUUUCCUGUUAAUGUUGUUGAAGAUUCCGAAAUGCCUUCAGCAUCCAAAGAAGAGGGUUCUCCAAGGAAAACUGAGUCACCUGAAAUCCAUAGAUCUAGCGGUGUUGAUUUGGAUUGUUGCAUUACUCCUAAUUCCGCUGAAUCUGAUGGUGAUGGCAACUUUUCUAAAACUAGUACUGAGGUACCAGAAAAUCUGAAUGAUUCUGUGGCUAAAAGCACUUUGGAGAUGAGUGUUUCCACAUCUGGAAAUUUUCUAGAAAAAGGGUGUCAGACAUCUAAAUCUGAUGAUCUGAAGUGUGUUCUUGAUCCUGAGAAAAACGAUGCCGUAAAUCCUACUGGCUCCAGUGAUUCUGUUGCUUCCGAAAAGGCUGAAAUAAUUCCUGUAGGCAAUACUUCGAAUUUUCCACCUAAGGUUUCCACUGAGGGAGCUCUUGCAGACCAGAUUGUAAUUGAAGAGGCUUCUUCUGUUCUUAAGAAUCCUGGAUCUUCAUAUAACCCAAUCAACGAGAAAAAUCAUCACCCUAGGUCUGGUGAUCUGAUUGGAUUGGUUGCAAACCAGGAUGAUGGCACUGAGUUGUCUGUGAUUGUUGGGGAUGCUGAAAAUGACACAGAGAUGGAGGAUGCUGAUGAUGCCAAACUUCCGGUGGGUUAUUCAGUUGAGAGUGAGGAGAAAGAGAACACUCUUCAAUCCAGUAUGCCCAAUGAUAAUGCCGUUAGCCCUGCCCCUUUUGAGAAGGUAAAAGAUGGUGAAGAUACUGGUUUACCUGUAAAGCGUGAUGUUUCUUGUCCAAUGGAUGUGAUGGGACAUGAAGGAUUUGAAUCUGAAACCCAUGCUCAUACAGAUACAAGUGAUGUUGACAUGUCAGAGAGUAUGUCUGAUGGAGGAAAAUUGAAUCUCUCCUCUGGGCAAGUCCUAGAUGUAUCAGAGGAUUUGAAAGUGUCUCACUCUUUGUCACAGGAUCAAACAGGUAUACCCCUGGUUGGCCUAGUACCUGAUAAUUUGCAAGAACACGGGGAGGAGCCUGCAUCACCUCAGGAAGCAGCGAAGAACAUUGUGGGUUUCCAGUCAGAGGAAAAUCAUUCUCCGAGUAUUUUGCCAGACGCUACGCCAGGAAAAUCAGAGGAUAAAAAUUGUGAGCAGAUGGAUAUCUCUGGUGGCAGCAUUUUAGGGAAAACGUGUCUGCCUUUAUCUUCUAUCCAGUCUGAGGAGGAGAAUGACAAUAACUUGUCACAGCCUGAACUUCGUCCAAACUCAGAAAUAGUUGAACUAAUGGAUUUAGGAGCUCAAUUGUGCGAAGGAUCUGAGGUAGAGAUAACCUCUGCUAUGCCGGAAAAUAAAUCAGCUAAUCUCCAGCUCUUGUCCACCAGUUUGGGGGAGCUAAAGGAUACUGAGGAUAUUAUCACUGGACUGGAAGAAACGAAAGAUCCCGAAGCUGUUGAAGUCGAUCGUAUUUGCAACACUGAUGUCCAGACGUCUCCCUCUAUUUCAGCUGAAGAAAAGAAAACUAAGAAUGGUAUGCAACAAGAGGAAUGCAAAGACCUUGAAGCCGGCAAAGAUUAUACAUCCGACAGUGAGACAAGUGCUUCUAUGGCCGUAGAUACACUAGCUGAUGUCCAGCCCUCAUCGUUUCUUACAGCUGAGGAAGAAAACUUUGAGGAUAGAGAACAAGUUAAAACUGCUGGAUGUGAGAUAGCUGAUGUCUCGACUGUAUGUUUGUCAGAACCUCAAGUUAAGUUACCUUCCUCUGCAGAGCAAGUGGGAGGUCGAGCUGAUGUCCAGCCUUCAUCGUCUCUUACAGUUGAGCGAAAAAAUAUUGAGGAUAAAGAACAAGUUGAAUUUUCUGGAUGUGAGAUGGCUGAUGUCUCGACUGGAUGUUUCUCAGAACCUCAAGAGCAAGUGGGAGGUACAGAAAUCCCUUCGUCUCUCCCAGUGAUAGAGGGGGGAAAGGCGGAGAACCAAUCGGACAAGAGAAACAGGCUUGAUCGUGAAGCUAGCUGUACAACCGCUUCGGUUCAGCCAGAGGAUUUAUCCAGGAAUCUAGCUGAAACUGAGGAGCCCACGCACAUGGGGAAAGUUGGUGAUGCAAGUGACCAUUCUGAAGAUAAUGUAGCCACUAGUGUUUUGGGGGAAAAAGAAGAAUCAAAGGAACAACGAGAACAUUCUUCUUCAGCAUUAAGGUCUGAGGAAGAGACCAAGGCCAAGAGCCCAUCGGACGAGAGAAACAGGAUUGAUGGUGAAGCCAGCGGUAUAACCAUUUCGGUUCAGCCAGAGGAUUUGUCGAGGAAUUUAGUUGAAACUGAGGAUCCCACACAGAUGGGGGAAGUUGGUAAUGCAAACGACCAUUCUGAAGAUAAUGUGGCUAUUGGUGUCUCGGAGGAAAAAGAAGAAUCGAAGGAUCAACUAGAGCAUUUGUCUUCAGCAUUAAGUUCCGAGGAAGAGACCAAGGCCGAGAACCCAUCUCACGAAAGAAACAUGAUUGAUGGUGAAGCCGGCGAUAUGACCAUUUUGGUUCGACCAGAGGAUUUGUCGAGGAAUCUAGUUGACACUGAGGAGCCCACACAUAUGGGGGAAAGUGGUAGUGCAAACGAUCAUUCUGAAGAUAAUGUGGCCAUUGGUGUCUUGGAGGAAAAAGAAGAAUCAAAGGAUCAACUAGAGCAUAUGUCUUCAGCAUUAUGUUCAGAGGAAGAUGCCAAAGCCGAGAAACCAUCCGACGAAAGAAACAUGAUUGAUGGUGAGGCCAGCGAUAAGACCAUUUCGGUUCAGCAAGAGGAUUUGUCUAUGAAGCUAGUUGAAACUAAGGAGCUCACACAGAUGGGGGACGAAGUUGGUAAUGCAAACGACCAUAGUGAGGAUAAUGUGGCCACUGGUGUCUUGGAGGAAAAAGAACCAAAGGAUCAACUAGAGCAUUUGUCUUCUGCAUUAAGUUCAGAGGAAGAGAGAAAGGUCGAGAACCCAUCAGACGAGAGAAACAUGAUUGAUGGUGAAGCCAGCGAUAUGACCAUUUCGGUUCAGCCAGAGGAUUUGUCGAGGAAUCUAGUUGAAACUAAGGAGCCCACACAGAUGGUGGAAGAAGUUGGUAAUGCAAACGACCAUAGUAAGGAUAAUGUUGCCGUUGAUGCCUUGAAGGAAAAAGAAGAAUCACAGGGUCAAUGAGAGCAUUUGUCUUCAGCAUAAAAUACUAUCUUGUAUUUAUUUAUACAUUUGAAAUUUAAAAUUUAUAAGAGCUAAAUUAGAUUUCACUAGAAAACGACUUGUGUCAUUGCGCUGGUUAAUGGUAUUUUUAAAUCUGUGCAGUAAA